CAGAGGCAGAAGCAGAGGCAGGGACAGAGGUAAGGGCUGGAGCAGAGGCAGAAGCAGGCGUAAAAACGGAGGCAACACAGAGGCUGGGGGAGAGGGAAGGGCAGGAGUAAGUGCAGAGGCAGAAGCGGGAGCAGAGGCAGAAGCAGGCGUAGGGGCAGAGGCAGCAGCUGCCCGGGCAGAGAUACAAGCAAGAGCAGGGGGAGCGGGAGCCCGAGCCGGGCCGGGGCGCAGCGCCCCGCCUCCGAGCGCUCCCGGCCGGCCGAUCCUGGGCACUCCGUUCCGCGGGCCGGAGCCCCGAGCCUCGCUGGCCUCCCGCCCCGCCGGGCCCGUCCCCGCUCGCCUCGCCUCCCUAGCUCCGUCCCGGCGCGCACGCUCCCAAGUCCCGGGCGCGCAGCCCCAGCCCCCGGCGGGCAGGCCGGCCGGCGCCUCCCCUCCUCCUCGUCAGGCCCGGGCUCUGGCUCCCGCAGCCCGAGGAAGAAGUGGAGCAGGACGCAGCGAAGAGGGGGCCCCGCUCCCCGCGCCUUGGGCCCGCGCCCCCCGCCGCCUCCAUCGUGCCCCUGCCCCCAGCCAUGGUGGGCCACCUGCACUUCCAGGGCAUGGAGGACAGCCUCAAAGAGAAGAGUAGGGAGGGCUUGUUGGACAGUCCCGACUCCGGGCUGCCCCCCAGCCCCAGCCCGCCCUUCUACUCCCUGCCCCCGGGGAUCAUGGACAGCAGAGCUGCAGGCAGCGGCGCCUCCGCGGAGUCCUCAGGAACCGGGCUCCACGGGGACCCCCAGGAGACCACAGGGCCUCCUCACCUCCUCCAGGAUCCUUCCGUGCUGGAGAUGAGACCCAGAUUGCACCCAGUGUUUUUUGGGGAAAGCAUCGAAGUAAAUCCUGAGCCUGUGCAGGAAAUUCGCUGCAACUCCGAGAUCAAAUACGACUCCGAAAAGCACUACCGGGACGACAUCUUCUACGUCCCCGUCCCCACGGUCACCUCGUACAGCGAGACCAUCGUGGCCAGCCCCAGCUGCACGUGGCGCAGCUACAAGACGCAGCUGACCUUCGAGCCCCGCCAGCGGGCCCUGCGCUUCCAGAGCACCACCAUCAUCUUCCCCAAGCACCCCAGAAACACUUACCGCACCACGCUGCACUACAGCCUGGGCUGCCCCAAGCGCUGGUUCGCGUCCAGCGUGCAGCUGGAACUGUGCGACGACCCCCCCUGUCCCGAGGAGCUCUAAUGGAGCUCCCGCUUGGAACCCUGGGGGGUGGGAGUGGGGGGGUAGAGAAAAGGGGGCUGGAGAGAAGCGUGGCCAGGAGCCGGGAAGGGAUGCUGAGGGGGGCCGACUGGGGGAGCGGGGCUGGGGGUGGUCCUGGAAGGGGCAGGCUCGCGGGGAGAGCACAAGCAGGACCGUUCGGAGAAGCCGCCCCUGCCCUUGGCCCGCUGUGCUCGGCGGUA